AUGCAUAUCAACUCGUUGCUGAGCUUGGGGCUCCUCGCCUUGACGGCAAGGGCCCAGCGAAUGACGUGGAACGACGGCAGCCAGUACGCCAACAAGUGCGGCCAGACAACGUGGGAGCCUAUCACGGACGGGCCGAGCCAAGCCCUGGCAAGCGACUGUGCCGAAAUCGUGAAUAAGCUCAACGCUGCGCCGGCUGGUGGCGCCUUUUUCUCGGGCGUCAAAGACUUCAAGGCCAUACUCAACGAGGGCACAUGCACCUUUGCUGUUCGUGGCAAGGACAAUGGCGGCUUCUACAUGGGCCGCGAUGACAUGAUGGACCUUAUUCGCGAUGGUAUGGCCCGUUGGACCAGAAAUGGCAAGGUCGCUGGUGGUGGCAGACUGAGGUGUGGAGAGAUGGACGCUCAAUGGAGAAUCCACGUCAACGUUUAA